UUUCCCGCCAUGCACUGGACACGUUGCCAUAGCGCCACGUUGGUUUACCAACAAACAUGGCGCACAGCCCGUCUCGUGUCUUUGCUACAGUUUCACCGAAUGCUGGUGAUGUUUACCGAGACGAAAACGAAUCGGUGUUCAACCGGGGACGCAAGCAAACACGUUUACACGCUCAGAGCAACGCAAGAGUGGUUCAGAUGACGGGCUGUGCGGAGUUAUCGAGUCCUCCGGACCGCGCCAGCGUCACCAUCAGCGUCAAAAACAGUAAAGAAAAUGUUAACGAUGUGACUAACAGCGUUAUCCGAAGACUGGAGUACAUACUACAGACAGUGAGACAGCACGAUGUCAAGGAAGAAAACAUCACUGUAACCAAACAUCUACAAAGAGAGGAAGAGCUCUUCCACAUGCAAGCUGAGGUGCUUGUGGUGUUUUCAGACUUUGAGAAGAUGCAACAAGCACGCGCAGUUUUGAUUGAAAAACUUGACAAAAUUGUGUGUGUUGGUGACCCUUACUACAGUCACAGUGCGGAAUGUCUCAGUUUGUUGAGACGGCGAGUAUGUUCGGAAGCUGUGGACAACGCCCGGCUAAAAGCCAGUGAGGUGUGUUGCAUUCUGGGACAAGCUCUAGGGCGGCCACUACUUGUACGUGAGGAGGAAUCCCGAGAGUGGACCAGCGGCCAGCAUGAAAUGACUGGCUCUCCUCUAACACUACACCAGAAAACUGCGACUACAUUAGUGUCUGCCUCUUCACACGUGUUUGUGACCUUUGAAUUGCGUCCGAAGAACAACAGGAGGAAAUUUUAAAAAAUGUUGUGCGUUUAGCUGUAAUAAUAGUACAUGUAAUUCGUUUUAACCUGUAAACACAUAGUCCUGUGAAGUAAGCACCAUAGAGGUCCACCGAUAUUCACAAAAGGGCCUAAAUAUAAAGUUAUCACUUGUUCCUACUGUUGUUUUAACUUAAUGAAGUCUCCAAAUUUCAGAAUAUAUUGAAUAGCACAAUGUUUGGAUAGAAAACAACAUUAAAAUCGUAAAGACAGUGUAAUGAAAGAGUUAAGAUGAGCCUGUGUUUGAAUAGGGAAACAUGUAUAUUGAUGCAUAAAUGUGCUUUGCAUACAUAAUGGAUGACAUCUUGUUUGUUUCUACAACAACAUAUGUUUAGACAGGUGCUAGACAACUAGGAAGAUCUUAUUCACUGCCUCUAACAUGAUUUGUCUCUGAACUUUUAACUUGCACUGGAUGUAGGGGAAAAUGUACACUAGUGUGUGAAAUAUACUACUUGUUUCUGUGUUAUACAGCCAUUUUCAUAUUCUCUUACACUUGCUUUGUCAGAUGAUAUAUCUUGACACUAAACAGGCCAUUCAUACCCUG